GCAGCCUCAUGAUUACCGCGUGGAUAUUUUUGGCCAGUAUUGGAAUCGUGCUGGCCAGGUACUACAAGCCUGUGUGGUCAGGUUCAAUGUGUUCAGAAAAGGUUUGGUUUCAACUCCACAGAAUUUGCAUGAUUUUAGUGUUUUGUGCUACCACUGCCGGUUUCGUCAUGAUUUUUGUAGCAAUUGAUGGUUACAGCAAGGAGGAGGGCAUGUCAUUUCUUGUUGGUCACCCUAUCAUUGGUAUUAUUGUGAUGAUACUGACGGUUAUAAAUCCGGUAAUGGCACUGUUCCGACCCCAUCCAGGAACCCCCAGACGACCCAUCUUCAACUGGGGGCAUUGGUUUGUGGGUACUGCAGCUCACAUCUUAGCGGUGGUCAACGUUUUCUUCGGAGUGCUCUUAUCACUGUCCGAUGUUCCCUAUUACUUGGUCUACAUCCUGGGUGCCUAUGUUGCCUGGCAGAUCUUCGUGGAGUUGUUGCUGGAGCUGCUGUCGUUCUUUGGACGUAAACUGG